CAAAUAGCCUAUAUAGAUUUAUGACAAUCCUGUCUAUUUUUAAACAUCGGUUGUUGAUAUAUGCUAUUGUGACAUUAUAACGUUACUAACCAUUUGAGUUUAGUUAAGUUAUAGGUACCGGGAUAAACCGUUUAUUUAUUGCGUGUCAUUAUAUCUGUCAUUGGAUAAAAUGGAGCCGAAUUUAAUAGACGAAACCGAAACCAGUAAAACAUUAUGUCAAGGUGUUGAAGAAAUAAACAUUAACUCAGAGGAAAGUAGUGACGUAAAUGAAGAGGCUAGAACUAACGGGAAUGAAGACUCUAAAGUCCACGGUGAUGAAGGUAUACACGAACAUGACAAUCGUAUUACUCGGGAAGACGUAACAUUACCAGAAGAUUUCGAAGGAAAACUAGCUUUUGUUUUACGGAACGUUUUAACAGAAAAGGAAUGUAAAGAUUACAUAAAGAAGACUGAGAAGAUGGGAUAUACAGAUGCGCUUGUAAAUAUCGGGGGAGGAAGGCAACAGAUGAUGAAAGAUGUAAGAAACAACACGAGAUGUAUUUGGGAUUCAUUCGAAGAAGCAGACAAUAUCUGGCAAAGGAUUAAACAAUUUAUACCUGACAAGUGGCGAAACAGAGAAGUAAUGGGAUUAAACGAAAGGUUAAGAUUUUUGAAGUACAAUCCUGGUGAAUAUUUUGCUCCACAUAUGGAUGGUUUUUACAUGAGGGAAAACGGAGAGAGAAGCUUUGUCACCAUACAAUUAUAUCUAAACCAGGGGUUUAAAGGUGGAAGCACAACAUUCAUGUGUUUCGAGGAAUUGGAGAGAAUGGAAGUUGUACCGGAAACUGGUAUGGUGUUGGUCUUUCAGCACGAUAUAAUGCACGAGGGUUCUGCCCUUCUAGAAGGCAGGAAAUACUGCAUGCGCACUGACAUCAUGUAUAGUGCAACAUCAGCAAAUGAGUGAAGGGUUCAGAACUGUGUAAAUUCUAGACUUCAUUGUAUAAAUAUCUACAAAUAUGACUGCACAAAAACAAAUGUUUUCAAAUUAGAAAAAAAAACUCGGAAUUCUUAGCAAGUAUAUCUGCAAAUAUUCAUGAUUGAAUUCUUCUGUAGAUCACUAUUUGCCAGAUCUUUUUAAGUGAUAUCUUAAGUUUUUCACGUUAAUAACUGACUGAACAGUACAUGUAGUUAAAAAAGAGUGGGUUGAUUUGAGUAUAUCUGAAAAAAUGUAACCCGAGUUACACUGAAAAGGACAAUUACAUGCUGUGAAGAUAUUGGUUAAAAUGCUGCUGGUCAGUUAAUGUAUACACCAAUAAGAAAAUUCAUCUGACGAACAAGUUUCUGCAAACAAGCAACAGCAAACAUGAUUUUAUUAUAAUUUAAACAAACAAUAUUUUUUACAAGAUAUCGCGAGCAGUGCUCCUAUGUUGAUAAUUUUAAGUAUUAUUAAUAUAUGUAAAUCAAUUUUUAGCUCACCUGUCACAAAGUGACAGGGUGAGCUUUUGUGAUCGCUUUUCGUCCGGCGUCCGUCCGUCCGUAAACUUUUGCUUUAAAUGACAUCUCCUCAUAAACCACUAAGCCAAUUUGGUCACCUUUAAAAAUUGUUCAAAGAAUUUAAUUCCAUGCAGAACUGUGGUUGCCAUGGCAACCGAAAGAAAAAACUUAAAAUAUCUUUUUUU